UGAAGUUCCAAUGAAUGAAGACUAUACUUUGCUUGAAGUAUGCAUUAUAUUGCGUCGGCUCGCAAUAAACAAAUAGUUCUUUUCAAAUGGAGAUCAGCUUGUUGAUUUCCAAUAGUCUUGCAGCAUUAUCUUUGACUUGUCAGGAGUUUUCCCACUGGAAACAGUAGUAUUGACCAGACGCAACUCAGUUCAGAGAAUGUGUUGCAAUUGAAAAGUUAUGUAGUUCGUAGAAGUGUUCUUCUCGUUGCAGUUCUUGUGGACGGCUAGUACAUGACCUUAGGCCCAGCUGCUGGCUAUGCUUCCAUUCGUUUCGUGCAGCGACGUGGAAACCAGGACCCGCUUUCAGAUCAAGGCAGUGUCCCAUUUACUGUUUCAGUCUCUCGCAGAGCAAAGCGCUAUUCUCCCAUUAUUCCAGCAUACUUUCCCAUUAAAAAACUAAAUGUUACAAAGUAUUUUGUCCUCAUCAUUCAUCUUUGUGGUUGUUUGGUUGAUGGUAUCAAAGCAAUUGAAGGAAAUGUUUUCUUGAACCUGAAGGUUCUUACUUAAUUUCAUUUUCUGCUUUCAGGACUGCCUUAUCUUGGUGAAAGCCAAGGAUCAAAGAUGGAGUCUGUUUACAUUAAACAGGAGAAGGUUCUGGAAUUGGUACCUGUCUGCAUUAAACAGGAGAUGCCUGAAGUGGAGCCUGUCCACAUUAAAGAAGAGACUGAACUGGAGCCUGUCCACAUUAAAGAAGAGACUGAACUGGAGCCUGUCCACAUGAAAGAAGAGACUGAACUGGAGCCUGUCCACAUUAAAGAAGAGACUGAACUGGAGUCUGUCCAUAUUAAAGAAGAAGAGACUGAACUGGAGCCUGUCCACAUUAAAGAAGAAAAGACUGAACUGGAGUCUGUCCACAUUAAAGAAGAGACUGAACUGGAGCCUGUCCACAUGAAAGAGGAAGAGACUGAACUGGAGCCUGUCCACAUUAAAGAAGAGACUGAACUGGAGCCUGUCCACAUUAAAGAAGAGACUGAACUGGAGCCUGUCCACAUUAAAGAAAAAGAGACUGAACUGGAGCCUGUCCACAUGAAAGAAGAGACUGAACUGGAGCCUGUCCACAUUAAAGAAGAGACUGAACUGGAGCCUGUCCACAUUAAAGAAGAGACUGAACUGGAGCCUGUCCACAUUAAAGAAGAGACUGAACGGGAGCCUGUCCACAUUAAAGAAGAGACUGAACGGGAGCCUGUCCACAUUAAAGAAGAGACUGAACUGGAGCCUGUCCACAUGAAAGAAGAGACUGAACGGGAGCCUGUCCACAUUAAAGAAGAGACUGAACGGGAGCCUGUCCACAUUAAAGAAGAGACUGAACGGGAGCCUGUCCACAUUAAAGAAGAGACUGAACUGGAGCCUGUCCACAUGAAAGAAGAGACUGAACGGGAGCCUGUCCACAUGAAAGAAGAGACUGAACGGGAGCCUGUCCACAUUAAAGAAGAGACUGAACGGGAGCCUGUCCACAUGAAAGAAGAGACUGAACUGGAGCCUGUCCACAUGAAAGAAGAGACUGAACGGGAGCCUGUCCACAUUAAAGAAGAGACUGAACGGGAGCCUGUCCACAUGAAAGAAGAGACUGAACGGGAGCCUGUCCACUUUAAAGAAGAGACUGAACUGGAGCCUGUCCACUUUAAAGAAGAGACUGAACUGGAGCCUGUCCUUAUUAAAGAAGAGACUGAACUGGAGCCUGUCCUUAUUAAUGAGGAGGCUGGAGAGAAACAAUAUCAAUGUACUGACUGUGGGAAGAGUUUCAGUCAUUUAGGAAACCUAAAAGCACACCAGCGAAUUCACACAGGAGAAAAGCUGCAUCACUGUGGUGACUGUGGGAAGAGAUUUAGUUGGUUUGGAAACCUAAAAAUACAUCGGCGAAUUCACACUGGAGAGAAGCCGUAUCAAUGUACUGACUGUGGGGAGAGUUUCAGUUGGUUAGGAAGCCUAAAAGCACACCAGCGAAUUCACACAGGAGAAAAGCUGCAUCACUGUGCUGACUGUGGGAAGAGAUUUAGUUGGUUUGGAAACCUAAAAAUACAUCGGCGAAUUCACACUGGAGAGAAGCCGUAUCAAUGUACUGACUGUGGGGAGAGUUUCAGUGCGUCGGGAACAUUUAAAUCACACCAGCGAAUUCACACUGGAGAGAAGCCGUAUAAGUGCUCUGAGUGUGGGAAGAGUUUCAGUUGGUUAGGAAGCCUAAAAACACACCAGCAAAUUCAUACAGGAGAGAAACCACAUCACUGCUCUGAGUGUGGGAAGAGUUUCACAGCAUUAGACGGUCUAAAAAAACACCAGCGAAUUCACACUGGAGAGAAACCACAUCACUGUGCUGAGUGUGGGAAGAGUUUCACAGCGUUACAUGGUCUAAAAAGACACCAGCAAAUUCACACUGGAGAGAAGCCAUAUUACUGUUCUGACUGUGGGGAGAGAUUCAGUCGGUCAGGAACACUAAUAAUACACCAGCGAAUUCACACUGGAGAGAAGCCAUAUCGCUGUUCUGAAUGUGGGAAGAGUUUCAGUGCGUUAGGAACACUAAAAUCCCACCAGCAAAUUCACACUGGAGAGAAACCAUAUCACUGUUCUGAAUGUGGGAAGAGUUUCAGACAGUCAAGAUACCUAAAAACACACCAGCGAAUUCACACUGGAGAAAAGCCGUAUCACUGUGCUGACUGUGAGAAGAGCUUCCGUCAGUUAGGACACCUAAAAACACACCAGCGACUUCAUGCAGCCUGUAACCAGCUGCAUCACUGUACGGAGUGUGGGAAGAGUUUUAGAUGGUUACAAAGUCUUAGCCGGCACCAGAGAACUCACACAUUAGAAUAGCCAUUCAACUGUACAAAAUGUGGCAAGACAUUUGCUUACUCCAGGGAAGUGAAUUAGCAUAAAUGCAAGUGUCACAGGGAGCCCUGUAACUGGUUUGUGGAGUGUGUGUGUGCGCUUCGGAGAAAUCCACUGCGAUGCGCAGCAUGAGACGCAUUGCUAAGCAACCAGCUGAACGGUAGGCUCGCCCGGACCUGUGCGGAUCGGGAGGUCCGUUUUGGCCCGGGGGUGCUGCACAGAGCUCAAAAAGCGGCUGCGCCACAGCUUGGAAACAUGCCAUUGACACAUGGUGUAGUGUUAAAGUGGUACAUCAUGGUACGCGUAACAAAACGUGACCCAUGAAAGGUCAGAACGUGGUAUGCUGUCAUGUUGCAAGUGGUACGUAGUCUGAUUUUGGUAUAGGUGCAAUCAAUUGAGAUCUGAUGGGUGUGUUGUCAAAAUGAGGUACAUUUACCAUUCAUUUUACUGUUUUUUGCAAACAAACUGGAAACAAUCAGUUUCUCUAAAAAGAAAAAAACAAUUCGAGAAGUCCACCACAAAGUUGCACGAGUAAAAAAAAAAUGAUAAGACCCAAUGUAUUGCAUAUGAUAAAUAAUAUUCACAUACCUUUAUGAUGGUGCAAAAAUACAAUAAAUUACAUAAACACAAUGUAAGACUGGAAAAUAUGAUACAUUCUAUUUAAAAAAUGUAAAAACAAAAAAGAGCAUAACGUACCAGAUUUUAAUGGGUGCUUCCCUACUUAGCAGAAUUUGUUUAGGCAUGCGUAAGCAAGCGCAGUGCGCUGAGUACCACUUUAACAUGUACCUGAAAACAACGCGACACCGGUAAAAAAUUUGUUACUUUCACCACUGACUACAGCAUUUACUUUGACUUCAAUUCAGGUAAAAUGUGCAAAUCUGAUUUAGACAUUGCCGGAACUGUAUAUAUGCUGUGUUAUUAAAUAGAACAUUUAGUAUUAUUUGUUUUGCAAAACAGAAGUGUUGUGUUUCACUUUUAUUGCAUUUGGACUUUUAGUAAGUCUGUAAUGCAAUGAUGCAUGUGUUUCAGGUCAUUUCAUUUCAUAUAAUGUAUUUUUAACUUUUCUCUUUUACACGAAAAAAUUAUAAUGAUGUAUUUCCCCUUUUCUGUAGUUUCUCAAUGGAAUAAAAAAUGAUAAGUGUGAACAACA